AACGAUUUCCAUCAUCAUUCAAAUAUGUCUGAAUUUAUAAAAAGUAAUGACGUAAAAUUUACUAGGGGAGAGAAAUGCUUAUUUACACAUAUUAUAAUAACAUUCGUACUAAUAAUUACAUUGGUGAUUGUUUAUUUUAUCCAUUUGUGCCUGGUUGAUCAUAGUGGUAAUGAAAUAUUUAAAACUACACGAAGACAUUUAACUGCAAUAAGCCCAAGUUUCAAAGAGGACUCUAAGGGAAUUGGCGUCGUUUAUUUGAACACAACGCCAGUCAAAUUCAUUUGCGUUGCGCAUCUUCUUCGAGAGAGAUGGUCGGUGGCGCCUGCACUCUGUGUCACUAUACGUACUGAACCAAACAUGGCGCACUUGCUACCAAUGUGGAACGUCGGUUACAUGACCAACCCCAACCAAUACAUGACAUCUGAUGUGACACGAGCGUUAGUAUAUCCCGGUUAUAAUAAGGAUGAUCUCAACAACAACAUUGGGGUGUUUGAGCACAGACUAGCGAUAAUGUCAACAUGGUACGAUUUAUCUAAUUCUAAUGGGCCAAAGACCACAAUAACAUAUGCGAUGACGCCAAAGAAAACGGAAAUUGUGAGCUUGAAUCGCAAAACUUUAUAUACGGAUGAUAAUUACAGGCGAACAGUUUUGGAAACUAACAUAGCAAAACCUGUGCCACACGUACAGUGUAGACAAAUCAUGACACCUAUAAUUGAACCGCGGGACAACGAGUUCUGUGUGACUGUCGGCCAGGAAAGCAAUUCUAUUAUUGCUCCAGGAGCGGUUGUGCUUAUAAAUUCUAAAAUAUCUGGAUUUUUCUCAUGGGGACAUAACCAGGCUAGCGACGAGCCGAUUGUGAUAUUAAAUAUUUCAUAUUACACUGCUUGGCUGGAAUUUAUAAUUUCACAAUAAAAUAUUUGUUAUU